AUGAUAUCAUCGCAUCCAUUAUCAAGUGACGAUCCUGAUGCCGAUGCGAUCGAAAUGUUUUGUGGACAGAUUCCACGUACAAUGUCAGAAAAUGACUUACGCACCUUCUUCGAACGUUAUGGGCGAGUCUAUAAGCUGAAUAUUUUACGAGACAAACAAAGUGGAGAGUCGAAAGGGUGCUGUUUUGUUACUUAUUACAUGCGGAAAGACGCUCUCGAAGCUCAAAAUGUUCUACAUAAUCUAUUUAUUUUGCCCGGAAUGCGUCAUCCGAUACAAAUGAAACCGGCAGAUAUUGAAAAUCGGAACGAAAGGAAAAUUUUCAUUGGAAUGAUAUCCAAGUCACUGCAUGGAGAAGAUAUUAAAGAAUUAUUUCAACCAUUUGGUCCCAUUGAAGAAUGUACGGUACUUCGCGAUGCUAACAAUCGUUCUCGUGGUUGUGCUUUUGUUACAUAUCAGACACGACAAUCAGCAUUAAAUGCUAUACGAUCAAUGCAUCAUUCGUGUACAAUGGAGAGCUGUUUAUCACCGAUCAAUGUCCGUUUUGCUGAUACACCAAAGGACAAAGAAAUGAGAAAAAUGCAACAAAAAAUUAGUGACAAUCUUCUUCGACAAGUAACUACACAUUCAUCAUCGAUUUCACCAGAAACUACUGAUCCGUUAGCUUCAUUAAAUCUGAUACUUUUUAAUCAGUUAUGUUCAAGCACAAUUCCAUAUGUCAACGAUCUAUCUUGUGGAGAUAACAAUACCAAUCAACUGGCGUCUCUUUCGACUAUGUUCGGAGCGAACUUGAAUUUGGACGGACAAAAUCAAAUCGUAUCGUCACAUACACCUUCGGCGACUGAAUGGCAACACGCCGACAGAAUCGAAGAACCCAUUUUACGCACUUUGGAGCAUUUAAUCUAUCCAAUAAACAAAGCAGUUGGUGAAGACAAUGAAGCAGAUAUCGGCAUGUCUUUAUCUCACGACAAGAGUCAAAGUGCUCGACAUCAACAACAGCAACCGCAAUAUAUGAUGAAUACCGAAGAUAACACUUCAACACCGACUAAUAUCUUUAUUAAUUCCGAGAUAAAUUCGCAUACAUGGCCAAAUAUAACAGAUGAUGACCUUAGUCUGUUGGAUGGUUUCCUAUCAUCAACGACAAACGAUCCUAUAAAUAUAUCUAAUCUUUCAUCUGUUAAGUAUGCCAAUUAUGAAACAGCAACUAAUCUAAGUAAACAACAGAAUAACAAUAAUUCUCAAUUGGUAAACAUUUCAUACGAUGACAAACAGAUUGUUGGACCGUUGGGUUCUAACCUUUUCAUCUAUCAUCUUCCAUCGAAAUUUGCUGACGAUGAUCUAGCUCAAAUAUUCUCUCCGUUCGGUAACAUUCUUUCAGCUAAAGUAACUUCUUCAUUUUCUUCUAAAUUCCUCCAUAAACUAAAUCGUCUUCUUUCCCCAUGA